CAUCAACCAAACCAUCACAAACCACCUCUAUAUAUAUUUUACUCACCUGAAUUAUAAGCCACUGCCUAGCUAGCUACCAAACCAUGAAAUACAAUGAGAUAUCUCAUUUCAGCCACCCACAACACAAGCUCACGUUUGAGUACACAGAAGUCCCAUUCAAGUGUGAUGGUUGCAAAGAAGUUGGCAUAGGCUCAAGAUACAAAUGCUCCAAUAACAACACUUGUGACUAUGAUCUCCACAUCCACUGUGCCCUCCCUUCCCCUUCUCUCUCCCACCCGUUCUACACCAAAUGCUCUUUCCAAUUCCUACCCCGCCCACCGGGCACCACUCCCCGCUACUGCAACGCCUGCGAAAAGGACAUCACCGGCUUCCUCUACCAUUGCAAGGCCUGUGGAUUCGACCUCCACCCGUGUUGCGCGAAGCUCCCCAUGGUGCUCAAUGACGGUGAAGUGAAGUUGUACCUGUAUAGGAAGGUUAGCACAUCUUGUCAUCGGUGUGGGAGGAAGGAGAGGAAUUGGAGUUACCGGUCGAAUUGCAAGAAGUAUAACUUGCAUGUUGGUUGUGUGAAGGAGAUGUUGGUGGAGUAUUGGCAUGAGAUAUAUUUUAGGGGUGGUGGGAGUGGGGGAAUAGGAGGGAAUGAGAGGAAGUUGGAGACUAGAAUUCCUAGUUUGAGAGGUACACUUCAGACCCCUCAUAAUAGGAAUAGGGGCAAAGGGAAGAGGUGUGGUCAGAUGGCUGCUUUGGCUGUCCAGUUUGUUAUAUCAGCGGUUCUUGGUGACCCUACUACCCUCAUUGCUGGGGUUGUUGGGUCAUUGAUGUCUAUGUAG